UCAAUUUCCAUAGAAAGCCAUAAAUUUCUAUAUAUGUAAUCAUAAAUUUUUUUGCUAUUUUUUUUAAAUAUAUUUUUUCCUAAUAAAUUUCAAAAAUCUUCUGGAAUCCAAGAAUAAAAAGAAAAAAAACUUCGUCUACUUUCUCUCCAAGUCUUUAUGAAGAAAGCGUGCUCAUCACUGGCUUCUUCUGUUUCUUUUUUUAUCACCGAUUCGUCAACUCCUCAGAAGAAAAAUAAUAAUAACAUAAAAAAAUGAAAAAUCGUAAAACUGAAAGCGAAAAAACAAAGUUCCACAGCCACUUGUUUUUAAUUGUCCCAAGGAACAGAAAAACCCGCUAUCAAACCCAGCGACUCCAAAACCAGUAAAGCUAAUAUCUCUGUUUCUCUUUUCCUUUCAGCGUUUUUCAACUAUUUUUGCACUUUUAGUAUUCUGGUCGUUUUGGUCAGCUCCUUACGGGGUCCUCCAUAUAUAAAUAUGUUCAUCCUCUAACGCGUCGAGUAUGUCAAACUUGUAGUCGUUUUCGGGUCUGUGUUGUCGUUUUACGUUUUCUGCUCGAUUAUCUUCAAUCUCUUUUUCUCAAGCCUGGAUUCCAAAUCUCCUGCUUCUUCUUCUUCUUCUUCUUCUUCUAGAAGCUGCUCUGUGAGUUCGGAUUCGGGUUCGAAGUUAGGAUCUUGUACGGCCGUGAUGGGUUUGGGUGCCGGUGAUCAUCAGCCUAAAAUUUUGACCGGCGAAGCUGGUUAUGUGCUUGAAGAUGUUCCUCAUUUGUCUGAUUACAUUCCCGAUCUUCCUACAUAUACAAAUCCAUUGCAAGACAAUCCUGCUUACUCAGUCGUCAAGCAAUACUUUGUGCAUGUGGAUGACAGUGUUCCCCAGAAGAUUGUUGUUCACAAGAAUACUCCAAGGGGGGUACAUUUUCGGCGUGCUGGACCACGUCAGAGGAUAUAUUUUGAUUCAGAUGAAGUUCAUGCUUGUAUUGUGACAUGUGGAGGUCUGUGUCCGGGGCUCAACACAGUGAUUAGAGAAAUAGUAUGCGGCUUGUACCACAUGUAUGGUGUAAAGAAAGUUCUGGGAGUUGAUGGAGGAUACAAGGGUUUCUAUGCUCGAAAUACAAUUCCUUUAACUCCUAAGGUAGUUAAUGAUAUCCAUAAGCGUGGUGGAACUAUUCUUCAUACAUCACGAGGUGGCCAUGAUACCACAAAGAUAGUUGACAGCAUUCAGGAUCGAGGAAUCAAUCAGGUUUACAUAAUUGGAGGAGAUGGAACCCAGAGGGGUGCAUCUUUAAUAUUUGAGGAAGUUAGAAGGCGUGGUCUCAAAGUUGUAGUAGCUGGAAUCCCCAAAACCAUUGAUAAUGACAUUCCAGUUAUAGACAAAUCCUUCGGUUUUGAUACUGCUGUUGAGGAGGCGCAACGUGCAAUUAAUGCAGCUCAUGUUGAAGCUGAAAGUAUUGAGAAUGGUAUUGGUGUUGUCAAGCUGAUGGGUCGCUACAGUGGGUUUAUUGCCAUGUAUGCAACUCUUGCAAGCCGUGAUGUGGACUGUUGCUUAAUUCCCGAGUCACCCUUUUAUCUUGAAGGUGCUGGUGGACUUUUUGAAUACAUUGAGAAUCGGCUCAAGGAAAAUGGGCACAUGGUUAUUGUCGUAGCUGAAGGUGCUGGAGAGGCUGUUUUUGAUGGAAGUGUCAAUUCUGAGGCCAAACAGGAUGCUUCGGGAAACAAGCUUCUCCCAGAUGUUGGGAUGUGGCUUUCUGAGAAAAUCAAGGAACAUUUUUCACGUGAGCGUAAAAUGGUUAUAAACCUCAAAUAUAUAGAUCCUACAUAUAUGAUCCGGGCAAUUCCAAGCAAUGGAUCUGAUAAUGUGUACUGCACACUUCUUGCUCAAAGUGUUGUUCAUGGAGCAAUGGCAGGUUACACCGGCUUUACAAGUGGGCUUGUCAAUGGAAGACAAACAUACAUACCCUUCUAUCGAAUCACCGAGAGGCAAAACAAGGUUGUGAUAACUGACAGGAUGUGGGCUAGGCUUCUAUCUUCAACAAACCAGCCAAGCUUUCUGGGUGCCAAAGAUGCCGCUGUGGACAAGACGAAGGAAGAUUCCGUCCCAAAAACGGCGGAGGGAGAAAUUUGUUCGGACAACAAUUUGGUGAAAUAGAAGGAAGUUAUCAGUAUCAUAAUGCUUAGUAGCUUGUUAAUUGUUGUAAUUGGAUAAGCUUCCUACGGAGUAACAGUUCUUAUGGUAAAGUUUCUUUGAUUCUGUUGA